AUGUCGCUUCCUUCGUCUCCGGUCGUUAAACGUGCUGCAGUCACCUAUGGUCGUCGCAAGGAGUCUCCGUCCGACGCAGAUACAUCUACCUCUACACUACGUACCACCCUUUCGUCACGCGCCAGUUCUUGCAGUCUGCGGUCUUCUGGCUUUGACGAGGACGUUCCACCCAGUUCUGACGAAUGUGACGCGUUGGAUUCAUCGAUAGUCCUUCCUACCCGUGAUAAUGGCGACGAUAGCGAUGGGGAGAAUACUGGAACUCCUUUCGUUUUUUCUUGGAGAAAAGACCUCGAGAAAUUCAACUCUAUAUAUGCUGAACGACCAAUAGCGUUGGAUAGUCGAGAUGCGCUACGGGAUGAUAUUAUGCAGAGCGGAUCUCAGGCCGUGUUCGGAGGAGAUACUCGCGUGGCCUCUGAGUCUCACACUCCUGAUCACACUACGUCUCCUUCCCCAUCCCCGGCUGUCGCUCGUCAUCGUCGUCGUCUCAGGAACCUACCUAUUCAAUUGAACUCAGACAUCGCGCUAGCUACCUCCCAGCAAGUGGCGCCUCGCCUCGCAGCAUCUAGCUCACCGUCUUCUUCUACUCGACGUGUGUCUCCUGCAGCGCUCGUCGCCGGUGUCAAAGGUAAAGGCAAACAGAGAUCUGAGGGCGUUUUCGUAGGCUCUGACGAGGAACAAUUUGGUGGCGGAGAGCACAAGAGGAAUACAAGGCGAAGGGCAUUCAAUGCGAAUGGAAAGCACACAAAGGCUCCCACCAGAAAGGAGCGGGAAGAGACACAGAAAGCCACGGCACGAAUGGUCGCCGAGCGAGUUGUCUCCAUGCCUCACUCCAAAACGAAACAAAUCGGAUUGACACAGCUUUUCGAGAAGAUAGGACGAGGCAUCUCACCAGCAGAUGAUCCCCCUUUGCUCAGUUCCGAAGGGCCAGCUUCAGACCCAAUUCAGCCCUUCUCGUCAUCUCCUACGGAACACGCAAAGCGCAAGAUUAAGACACGAGUACCAUCUCCCUUAUCACCACAGCCGACGAGUAGCGGCUCUCCAAUACUACAAGCUACAUCUGAUUUCGUGCCUACCGGAUUGCUUGGACCGGACUCCCCAAAGGCCAUAUUGUUAAGGGAAAGCAGCGAUGAAGAACUUCCCGACGUGGGGGCCCUGCUCGAGAAUGACGCUAAGGAACGACAGGAAGAGACGAUGCGUAAACAGCUCGCGGAGGUCAAGAGAAGGGCGCUGGAAAACACCAAGAGUGGUGCUUAUAUAUCAGAUCAAGACGAUAGUGAUCUCGAGGUGGUCCAUGAGGACAUGCAAACAGUUGCGAAAGACGAGGCACGAGCAAGGAAAGUCAGGUCCGCCCAGGGCUUCAAGCGUUCAGUGGGAAAGUCCAAACAACUUGCUCUCGCAGGCCCUAUUCAUAAGCUUGUUGGAAAAUCGAUUAAGAGCGAAGUAAAAUUCUUGAAGGAUGCUGCUGCUCCUACCUUUGGACGAUUGACGAAGGAUAUUGCGGAUCAUACCUCUGCGUUGGUCAGUAAGGACGAUCUGAACAGGUUUUUAUUGAACAGCGCAGGGAAGCAGGCAGAAGAAGCGACGAGGCUUAAGGAAGAAGAAUGGGUGAGGCGUGGAGGAAAAAUACGAGCAGGGCCAAGCAACCUCCGCUCAGAUGGUGAAGCCAAGCGGAUUUUCCUUACCGUAGUCUCUAAGGGCAUCGCAGUAGGAGAAGAUGAUAGAGAACAAGAAGAUGAGGCGGAGGGCGAGGACGAGGACGACCCAGAUUAUCAGGAUGGCCACGAGCGAACAGCGCUGGAGUCAGCUACUGAGGAUAGUGAUAAUGUCUUCGGUCAAUCAACCCAUGAAGAUAAUCAAAAUGCCUCCAACAGCCAGUUGGACCAUCUUGACGCAGAUGAUGAAGAACAGACAAGUGUAUUUCUACCCUCUAAAUCUGCAUGUUUCUCAGCCGUGAUCUCCGACGAAGAAGAUGGCAUUCUUGUGUCUCGCAGCAAGGCCGUUUUCCCAGACAGCUUGAGUGUGAUUUCUUCUGCUCUAGACUAUGGAAGGAAUCGCAGAGUAUAUGCUUCGUCGUCCGGGGAUCAGACAGAGGAUGGCACAGACAAGGAGAAUGACAUCCGAUUGAUGUAUGACCGGGGCGAGGAUAAGGAGAACACGGCCGUCGCAGCACAACCAUUACUCGGGCACCAAACCUCCAGCGGUGGGUCAUUUGCGCUAAGGGGAGUGGCCUUUCUGGCAGAUGGGGAUUUCAACGACAGUCUGCUUAUUGAAAGCACGCCACUGGAAGAUCGACGGCCACCUCUCAAGGAGCUACGUAGAGAUGAUAGUGACGGAGAUGGUCCUUUUGCGCCGAUAGCCAAGUCUCCCGCUCGCCGACUAGUAUUUUCACCGACCAUGGGACCCCCUGCAAGACGACUGUCUCCGGACUUGCAAGGGGGUAGAGAAUCCGAAGAUGUAGACCAAGAUUCUAGCGCUGUUAAUGUGCCCACCACGUUGAAACCAGGUUUCGCCGAAUUCUUUGCAUCUGAAAACGUAUCCGGUUCUUCCUCAUUGGUGCCGAACGUACCGCAAAAUGGUGGAUUGUCACAGUUCUUUACUCAACAAACGGUGGAUGAAACACAUUCCUUGACAACGAGGAAAUCCGAUCAAGAGCUGUCGUUGACUCUCGAUGUCGGUCUUCAGCCUACGCUUGAAGUGAGCCAAACUCUCCUGCGAAAAGCAGACAACAUUUUCGAGAAAGAACAAGGCUAUCUAGCAGAGAAUUUCGACGUCAAUUCCAAUGACAAAUCCCAAUUCUAUGUGAAUGAACAUGGCUUCCUGACGCAAUCGGUUCCCAGUGCUCGCAUUCUUCAGGCAUCGCACACUUCGUCAUCGCCACUUAUGGCCAGCAUUCUACAAUCGGCAAGGAAACGCACGCACGUUGGUUCAGUUUCUCGCAAACCACUUGCACCUAUCGACUCAGAUAUUGAGAUGGAGACACCUAAUGAGCAACCUAGGAGAUUGCUAAAGCGGAGGAGGACACCGCCAGAACCCACAAAUCUUGACAAUAGUCGCCACUCUAGUCCUUCACCUAGCCCCACCAAACACCGCAAUGCUUUUGAUGUUUUAAAGCAGGCGGCACAUGCCCCCACUGAAUCAGACAGGAAGCUACAGAAGUCAGAGUUCAUUGAGGGUGAGGCGGAAGAAUCUGACGAUGACGCUAUGAUCGGCUUCGGUGGGCGUAGGAAAGAGGACGACGAGAGCGAUGAUGAGAGCCAGGAUGCCACGUUGGCGGAAUUGGUUGACGAUGCAGCAAUGGACGAUAAGACCCUGGGUGCGGAUGCCGUUCUGGAGAAAGCUAGGGAGCAUUGGGAGGAGGAUGACCAGCUCCGUGAAAAAUACGCUAGAGAUGCAGCCGACGGUAAACUCAGAGCAAGACGGCGCAACCAUGGGCUUGGCUUUGAAGAUAGCGAGUCCGACGACGAGGACGAAGAUGCGAAGUGGCGACGGCAAAAGAUGCUUAAAAAGCGGAAAAUUGAGGGGGAUACUCUGGAAGAGCUGGCCAAGAACCCAUCGACGGCUGCAUUUGUUGAGGCGUAUCAUGCAGAUAUGCUCGAUGACGACGACUUCGUGCACUUACAACAAGGCGAAUUGACUCUUGUUGACGAGCACGACCCAGAUGCAGAAGAAGGCUCUGAGCCAGAAGUUGUUUCUGCGGCAGCAUUAAUUGAAGAGCUUCGCAAAGUGGCUAAAGAAGGAACGCCUGAAUGUUUCAAUCCUCACGACACAUCGUGGAUGGAAGCAAAUGCGGAAGGGAGUGACGAUGAAGCGCUUCCUAUUAAGGAAAUUUAUGCGGUAACAAAGCCAACGCGUCGUCCAGCAGACUGGGACCCUGAUAUGCAGUCCAAGCGUCAAGGUGGUGAAGAUGACCGUGAUCGAGUUCGCAUGCAACUGUGGGCCAAGAGCGAAUCUCGUACAAGUGGCGGUACCAGUCGCUCCACGGGUGUGUCUGCUGUGACUGCACGCGGAAGGGGAAAGACUGCAGGUUUGCGGACAGCAAAAGGCCAGCGACCAGGUUCUUCGGACAGCGCCAUGAAGUUGCCAUGCAAGUUAACCAAAUCAGCUAGUGCACUGUCAGCAGUGUCUACCAGUAGACGGAGCAAAUUCCAGGCAAGCUCCUGA